AUGCCCGUGCACCUGCGCACUGAGGGGGGCAGUGCAAGUUCCCAGGCUGGGGGCAUUGGCGGCUGCUUUCCCACCAGCUUUGUGGAUGCCGGAGGGGAAGGGCCGGGCCGUCCAGCACCCGGGCAAAGAGCCCUCGAGCCCCCGGGCGGCCGCUCUCUCCAUGCCCCUGCACCCAUCGCCCAGGGCCGAGCUGGGCACGGAGCUCUGAAGAUGGGGGACCAGAAGGACGCCCUACGGAAGAUCAUCACCACGCUGGCCGUGAAGAAUGAGGAGAUCCAGAACUUCAUCUACGCCCUCAAGCAGAUGCUGCAGAACGUGGAGGCGAACUCCACCAAGGUGCAGGAGGACCUGGAGGGGGAGUUCCAGUCCCUGUACUCCCUGCUGGACGAGCUGAAGGAAGGCAUGCUCAUGAAGAUCAAGCAGGACCGGGCCAGCCGCACCUACGAGCUGCAGAACCAGCUGGCUGCCUGCACCAAGGCGCUGGAGAGCUCCGAGGAGCUGCUGGAGACGGCCAACCAGACGCUGGAAGGGGCCGAGAACCACGACUUCAACCAGGCUGCCAAGCAGAUCAAGGAUAGCGUGACCAUGGCCCCGGCCUUCCGGCUCUCGCUCAAGGCCAAGGUGAGCGACAACAUGAGCCACCUGAUGGUGGAUUUCACCCAGGAGCGCCGCAUGCUGCAGUCCCUUAAAUUCCUCCCAGUUCCCAGCGCCCCGGAGAUCGACAUGGCCGAGUCACUGGUGGCCGAUAACUGCGUGACGCUGGUCUGGAGGAUGCCCGACGAGGACAGCAAGAUCGACCACUACGUCCUGGAGUACCGCAAGACCAACUUCGAGGGGCCCCCGCGGGUGAAGGAGGACCAGCCCUGGAUGGUGAUCGAGGGCAUCAAGCAGACCGAGUACACCCUAACUGGCCUCAAGUUUGACAUGAAGUACAUGAAUUUCCGCGUCAAGGCCUGUAACAAGGCUGUGGCGGGCGAGUUCUCCGAGCCGGUCACCUUGGAAACCAGAGCGUUCAUGUUCCGCUUGGACGCCAGCACCUGUCACCAGAACCUGAAGGUGGAGGAGCUGAGCGUGGAGUGGGACGCCAUGGGGGGCAAGGUGCAGGACAUCAAGGCCCGGGAGAAGGACGGGAAGGGCAGGACGGCGUCCCCGGUGAACUCCCCCGCCAGGUGCCUGCAGUCUCCGAAGAGGAUGCCCUCGGCCCGCGGGGGCAGGGACCGCUUCACGGCCGAGUCCUACACAGUGCUGGGCGACACGCUGAUUGACGGGGGAGACCACUACUGGGAGGUGAGGUACGACCGGGACAGCAAGGCCUUUGGCGUGGGCGUGGCCUACAGGACCCUGGGCAAGUUCGACCAGCUGGGCAAGACCUCGUCCUCCUGGUGCGUCCACCUCAACAACUGGCUGCAGGUCAGCUUCACCGCCAAGCAUAACAACAAGGCCAAGGUCCUGGACGUGCCCGUGCCCGACUGCAUCGGCGUCUACUGCAACUUCCACGAAGGUUUCCUGUCCUUCUACAACGCUCGAACCAAGCAGCUGCUCCAUACGUUCAAGGCCAAAUUCACCCAGCCGGUGCUUCCUGCCUUCAUGGUUUGGUGCGGCAGCUUCCACGUCUAUUCUGGACUGCAGGUCCCCAGCACUGUCAAAUGCCUCCAGAAGCGAAACAGCGCCACCAGCAGCUCCAACGCCAGCCUGACUUAG